AUGGCAAUAUCUCUCAAAACAAGGAAGAUAGUUUUGACUAGGCACUCUAGUUCAUUAACGCAACUUUUGACAAAGCAUGCAGAAUUGGGAAGCAACGUCAAUCUUCCGGAUAGGGAAGCAUGCAACGCAGCACUAAAGCAAGUCCAGAAUGCUAUAGUGGAGAUUAAAACCCUUCAAGCAAUCUUUGAAGGAACCUUAUACGGAUUCACGGACAAAGUGGACAAAAUAUCGGAACCCCUCACCAAGGAAGAAGAGGAUAAAAUGUCCGAAUAUAUUGCUAACGCAGAGGGACUUAUCGCCAGUACUUCUGACCUGCUUCUUAAGUUGGAAAUGACCAGAGCUAGUCUAGCGUCUCAUAGCCGUACAUCUCCAACACAUUGGAUCUCAUCCUUCACCAGAAAUUCCUGUAGCCAAGAUAGAACUGCCGAGGAUACCAAUACCGGAGUUCAACGGCAAAAGCUGGCAAUGGGAUAG